ACCUUGGGUUACGAGAGGCAUGGUGAGCCGCGUCGAUUGCCGCUUUCGCUCGUGGAUUCCCUGCAAACACAAUACUCAUUCUUCCAUCCUCAUGAAGCUUAUUUCCUUUAUUUUUGCCCUCUUUGCUCUCUUUGGCUCGCUUGCAUUCGCUCUGCCUGCUACUGAAAGCGAGAACAAUAUGGCUGUUUCAGAAACCGCCGAAAAUGCUGAUAUCGGAUUUAGCCCUGCCUCGGACCUCUAUGUCGCUCGUCAGUCUGCUUGCCUUCCGGUUAGUUGUGGCGAUCUCGGCUGCUGCUCUGGCGACUGUCGUACCUGGUGCAGACGAUGUGGUAUUCCGUUUAGCUGCUAAGCUCGGCACUCGUAUCUCGACACUUUUUUUUUUUUUU